AUGGCCGAUCGCGUCAAUCGUACCACAGACGUGGUUCUGGAGGAUCUAUCGCCCUGUGUCGAAUACACCAUCGAGAACAGGUGGAACGGGCACGCCUACAAUGGUCCGGGCCCUCGAAACCUUUUCGACACUUGGCAUGCAGGUCACAACGAGGGGCGCAAUCAAAAUGGAGUCGAACAUCAUACCGCAUACGAGCUGCAUGAGCCCUUCUUCGCCCCUUCGCAGAGCGAACAAUUGGCGCCGAUCAAUCACUGCAGUUACGCCAACAUUUCAUCUGUACGACCACACACCGACCAUGCCGGUGGCUUUUUCGAUGAAGAGAAUGGCCUAUGUACACCCUAUACAUGGCAUUUUGACACCAGUCAAACCUUCAUGGAAGAUACUCGUUAUGUCCUUGGUCAUGGUGCCGGAUUCGAAAACAACAUCUCGGUCAUGGCAUAUGGUCCUGACUCUGCCAACGACCACGAUGCUAAGUUAGAAGCAUUCCACGAGACGAAUAUUGUGGACCUCUCCAGCGAGUAUCGAGUCCAAGACCUGACCUGGCCCCCACAGCAACCCAUUGGCUCGACUUCUUCUGUCACACCAGCUUCUUCUCAGCCUUCCGGUGAGAGCCCUAUGACGUGUCCUCGCGGCUGCAUGGGCACAUUCGGUCGCUCAGGAGAUUAUCGGCGCCAUAUGCGUAAGCAUGAAGCUCGCAACAUCUUCUGCACACAGCCCGGUUGUACAAUGGCGUUCUACCGAAAGGAUAAGCUAAGCGACCACCUCAGACAGGCUCACAGGAUCAUCCAAACUGGAAGGGCUCGCAGGGCUGCGGCGAUUGGUCCGAUGCGCGCCGCUUCUGCUAGCAGUAGCGCUUAG